AAAAUGUAUACUGUGCGUGUAAUAUUAUGGCCUUUUGGCGGAAGACAACGUCGAUACGUCAUAUUUAUAUCUGUAAUAUUAACUCUCAGUCGUAACACCUACGCGUCAUAGCGCAUUAUAUUUGCGUCCGAAUCGUUGUGAAAUACAUACAAUGUACGACGAAGAGAUUGACGUAAAGGAUGCCGAGGAUGUCGACAGUGAGUCGUCUGAUAGUAGCAUCGACAACGACAGCAGUAGAGAUCUGAGGACGCCCAGUGCCAAGCAACGAAAAAUUUUGAUGUCCAGUGGUUCAGGUCGAAGGUCCAGGUCCAGACUCAGAGCCGUGGAUUACGAAGAAAUGGAUGCGGCCGUGAAAGAAGAUCCAGACAGUUUUGACGUGCACGAAGCUCAGAGGGAUUACAAUAAAGACGUCGAUCUUCUUCACUUAUCCCAAGAUAUUAAAGACGUGUUCAAAUACAUAUCAAUGUACUACCCCCAGAAGGCGAAACUCGAGUUCAGGUUGCAGCCGUUCAUACCGGAUUACUUGCCUGCCGUCGGUGACGCCGAUGCGUUUAUCAAAGUGAUUGCACCCGAUCCUUCCAUACAGGUGGGCCUAGGUCUGGAGUACUUGGACGAGCCAUGUCUAAACCAAAGCGACCCGUGUCUGCUCAACUUACAGCUUCGGGCGUCGUGUUCGUCGUCGUCCAAGUCGCUGGUGGUGAAAAAAUUGGAAAGCGCCGAAAAAAAUCCAAAAGUCAUCGAACAGUGGAUACGCGACAUAAAUGAAUUGAACCGCGGAAAGACGUCCGCAUUUUUUUAUUCCAAAAAAAUGCCAGACGUAGAAACAAUAAUGGAACCGUGGAUGGACGGUGGCGACCAGAAAAGCAGAGACGUGCCGGAUUUCGAAAAUUCAGAUUUGUUGACUCUUGUAGAUGAAGUCUGUGAUUACUUUGGGAUCCCGAAGACUGACACGAAAGUUGAGUCUCUACACCUGUUGUUUUCCGUAUACGUGGCUAUCAAGAACUCUCGAGCUCAAAACACAACUGUUAUAGCUACGGAUAAUAGCAGUUAAUACGAAUUAGUCACUUAGGUACACAAAAGUGGUAUUAACUAAUAUAAUACGACGUUGUCGGUCGGUGUAUUGUUUGUAUAAUGUGUAUAUAAUAGAUAUAUAUUCAUUUUUUACUGUAUAUUUUGUGUGUAUAAUA